GCGGCCCAGUCGCUGUCGGAAGCGGCUGUGCGGGUGGCGGCCGGCGCGCGGCGGGGCAUGGCGGGUUCGCGGGGCGCGGGGCGCACGGCGGCGCCGAGCGUGCGGCCGGAGAAGCGGCGGUCGGAGCCCGAACUGGAGCCUGAGCCCGAGCCGGAGCCCCCUCUCCUCUGCACCUCUCCUCUCAGCCACAGCACCGGCAGCGAUUCUGGCGUCUCCGACAGUGAGGAGAGUGUGUUCUCAGGCCUGGAAGAUUCUGGCAGUGACAGCAGUGAGGAUGAUGACGAAGGCGACGAGGAGGGAAAGGACGGAGUCCUUGGUGACGAGGACCACAGUGAGAUGGAAAAGACCACUGAGGAGCAGGUGCAGGUGCAGGCCGGCACCCCUUGCCCGAGGACAGAGGUGGCGAGUGCCCGGAUUGGGGAUGAGUAUGCGGAGGACAGCUCUGAUGAGGAGGACAUCCGGAACACGGUGGGCAACGUGCCCUUGGAGUGGUACGAUGACUUCCCCCACGUGGGCUACGACCUGGAUGGCAGGCGCAUCUACAAGCCCCUGCGGACCCGGGAUGAGCUGGACCAGUUCCUGGACAAGAUGGAUGACCCUGACUACUGGCGCACUGUGCAGGACCCGAUGACAGGGCGGGACCUGAGACUGACGGAUGAGCAGGUGGCCCUGGUGCGGCGGCUGCAGAGUGGCCAGUUUGGGGACAUGGGCUUCAACCCCUAUGAGGUAGGUGGCAGUGGCUGGCCCUGGGGAGAUGGGGGUCCUGGAGGCACCAGCAGGGCCUCAGCCACCCUGGCCCACAUGCCCACAUCUUUUCCCUCAGCCGGCUGUCGACUUCUUCAGUGGGGACAUCAUGAUCCACCCGGUGACCAACCGCCCGGCCGACAAGCGCAGCUUCAUCCCCUCCCUGGUGGAGAAGGAGAAGGUGGGGCACACGGCCCCUGGGGCUUGGCCUGGGCUGCCCGCCCUGCGCUGCCCGUCCUGACCCGGCUGUCUGUGCAGGUCUCUCGCAUGGUGCACGCCAUCAAGAUGGGCUGGAUCCAGCCUCGCCGGCCCCGAGACCCCACCCCCAGCUUCUAUGACCUGUGGGCCCAGGAGGACCCCAACGCCGUGCUGGGGCGCCACAAGAUGCACGUGCCCGCUCCCAAGCUGGCCCUGCCAGGCCACGCCGAGUCGUACAACCCACCCCCUGAAUACCUGCUCAGCGAGGAGGAGCGCUUGGCGUGGGAACAGCAGGAGCCGGGCGAGAGGAAGCUGAGCUUUUUGCCACGCAAGUUCCCAAGCCUGCGGGCCGUGCCUGCCUACGGACGCUUCAUCCAGGAACGCUUCGAGCGCUGCCUCGACUUGUACCUGUGCCCACGGCAGCGCAAGAUGAGGGUGAAUGUAGACCCUGAGGACCUCAUCCCCAAGCUGCCUCGGCCGAGGGACCUGCAGCCCUUCCCCACGUGCCAGGCCCUGGUCUACAGGGGCCACAGUGACCUUGUCCGGUGCCUUAGUGUCUCUCCUGGGGGCCAGUGGCUGGUUUCAGGCUCCGACGACAGCUCCCUGCGGCUCUGGGAGGUGGCCACUGCCCGCUGUGUGAGGACUGUGCCUGUGGGGGGCGUGGUGAAGAGUGUGGCCUGGAACCCCAGCCCCGCUGUCUGCCUGGUGGCUGCGGCCGUGGAGGACUCAGUGCUGCUGCUGAACCCAGCUCUGGGGGACCGGCUGGUGACGGGCAGCACAGAUCAGCUGUUGAGCGCCUUCGUCCCGCCUGAGGAGCCCCCCUUGCAGCCGGCCUGCUGGCUGGAGGCCUCAGAGGAGGAGCGCCAAGUGGGCCUGCGGCUGCGGAUCUGCCACGGCAAGCCAGUGACGCAGGUGACCUGGCACGGGCGUGGGGACUACCUGGCCGUGGUGCUGGCCACCCAAGGCCACACCCAGGUGCUGAUUCACCAGCUGAGCCGUCGCCGCAGCCAGAGCCCAUUCCGCCGCAGCCACGGACAGGUGCAGCGAGUGGCCUUCCACCCUGCCCGGCCCUUCUUGUUGGUGGCGUCCCAGCGCAGCAUCCGCCUUUACCACCUGCUGCGCCAGGAGCUCACCAAGAAGCUGAUGCCCAACUGCAAGUGGGUGUCCAGCCUGGCAGUGCACCCUGCAGGUGACAACGUCAUCUGUGGGAGCUACGAUAGCAAGCUGGUGUGGUUUGACCUGGAUCUUUCCACCAAGCCAUACAGGAUGCUGAGACACCACAAGAAGGCUCUGCGGGCUGUGGCCUUCCACCCGCGGUACCCACUCUUUGCGUCAGGCUCGGACGACGGCAGCGUCAUCGUCUGCCAUGGCACGGUGUACAAUGACCUUCUGCAGAACCCCCUGCUGGUGCCCGUCAAGGUGCUGAAGGGCCACGCGCUGACUCGAGACCUGGGAGUGCUGGACGUCAUCUUCCACCCCACCCAGCCGUGGGUCUUCUCCUCAGGGGCAGACGGGACCGUCCGCCUCUUCACCUAGCUGUUGUGCCUGCCUGGGGCCAGGGCGGUUGUGCUGAAGUCAAUAGAGCCUUACCCUGUGCUGC